AUGGCGGACGUGCUGCGCGCCAAUCCGCAAGGACUGGGCGAGUCCACCACGCAGCGCGCGGCCAGGCAGUUGACGGACGCGCUCUGCCACCUGAACGGGCACGGCCUGGUGCACGGCCACCUGGAGUCGGGGCAGGUGCUGGUGGGCGAGGAGGGAUGCUUGAAGCUGGCCGGCCACGGGCUCAGCCACCUGGUCUGGCACGGCUGCUGGGCGGAUUUCCCUCUCAGGCCUCACGGCGCCUACAUGCCCCCUGAGCUGGCGCACGGCCCUGGCAGAUGGGAGGGCUCUGCCCAGCGGCUCUGCUGCAAGGUUGACGUGUGGAGCCUCGGCGUGCUCCUCCUCGAGACAGCGCAUGGGCCUUGGAGGCCUGACGUGGUCGUGGCUCCGUCCGGAGUGCCAGGUAGUCAUGCUCUCUUGGACGAUACCGCAUCGGUCCACGCCCUGGUCAUCUUCGAGACUGCCUGCGCCAUCCGCCGGUUCGCCGACUCGGCGCCCGCCGCCCACAGCUCCCUGUCGGCCGCGGCACUCCUCGGCGGCAGCGCCGCUGCAGCAGAGGCGGGGUCGCUGACCGAUGGCGACGCCCUGCCGCUGCCCUACGAGUUGCCGCCGAACGGGAGCCUGCGGCUCCGCGCCCUCGAAGAGUCGUACCGCCAGUGGCUGAGCGCACGGUCGUCGCCGCUGGGGGGCCAGGACCUGCGCGACUUGUGGGCCGUCUGCCUCGCCGCCCACCCCGCCGCACGUCCGGCUCCGACAGACCUGGCGUCGCACCCAGGACUGGCCGUGGCGGAGGAGGAGGAGGCGGGCGGCGUCGAGCCCCUCGGGGCUGGCGGCCUUCGCUGGACCACAGGCACGGCCUUGCAAUCGGAGCGGAUGCCGCAGAAGCCGCCCGCCGGCCUCGAGGAGGCCUCCGGCCUGGCCCGCACGCCGCUGCAGUACUUGCGCUCCGCGGGUAUGGGCAUGGACCACAUCUUCUACUGGUGGAGCCUGGCGGGCGGCGACUGCUUCCGCGAGCUGGCCGGGGCAGGACUCUUGCGCCCUGCGCCGCCGGCCCUGCAGCUGCCGCUGUACGUCCGGGACGCGGGCGCCGACGACGAGCGCGGGACGGCGGCCCCGUUCUUGGCCUCGGCGGUGUCCUCGGCCGAGUCCGACCCGCUGGUGAAGGGCCUGCAGCCGGCAGUGCCUCUGGACACAUCCCCUGUCAGGCACGGCGCCGGCGCCGCGUGGGCGGGCGCGCCGCAGCGCGACCUGGAGGAGGACGGGCCGCCGCCUUCCGGCCUCCGGGGCUUCUGGGGGCCCGCGGGUACGGAGCGGCCGCGCCUGCACGGGGUGGACCUCCGGCGCCUCUGCGGCGCGGUGGCGUUGGCGGAGAAGCAGUCCGCGCGGCUCCAUGAGCUGCGCCCGUCGUCGCUGUACGACCGCCAGAACCACUUCGUGUACCAGUGGCUGCGGGCGCGCCAGUUCAGGCGCCUGCUGCUCCUGCUUCCAAAGAGCCGGCUGGAGCUGUUCCAGGAGGCCACGGAGGACGUCCCCCCGCUGCUCAGGGGCAAGGUCUGGGCGGCCCUCCUGGGCACGGACAGCGACUCGGACCGCUGUUGCUGGGGACCUUUCUACGAGGGGCUCCUGGCCUCCCAGUCGCGCGCAAGCGAGGACGAUCGGCAGCUGGCGGUGCAGUCGACGGUGGCGAACGAGCUGCUGAGCCAUGCUGACGGCAGGCGCAGGCUUGACAGGCUGGUGUAUGCCGCGAUGAGCGCGAACCCGUCGUUGACGCGCGUGGAUGGCCUUGGGGCGCUGGCGGCGCCCCUGGCCGUGUUGCACCCGGGAAACGAGCCAGCUGCCUUCGUCUGCAUGCAGCAGCUCCUCCACGGCUUCCUGUGGCACCUCUACGCGCAGGACGCCGGCCUGCACCGGCACCAGUGCAUGUACCUCUACAGCUCGCUGCUCGGCUUUGCGGACCCGCAGCUGGCCCUGCACCUGCAGGCGAUCGGCAUGCAGCCAGACGUGUAUGCCGUGGAGUGGUUUCCCACGUGGUUUGCGCAGCUUUUCCCGCUGAGCCAGACUCAGCUCCUGUGGGACGGAAUAUCGAAGACACCGCCGCAGUUUCCCAUAUUUGUUGCUGUCUGUUUAAUGCACUUGUUCCGGAAGUCGCUGCUCAGCAUGGACGAGGUGUCCCACGCCUCUGGUUUCGUGGCCAGCUGCGUGCAGCUAGUGGACAUCCCGCUGCUGCUGAAGGCCUCCCUGGCGCUCUUCCAGGCUGUGCCAGCCUCUGUCACGCUCCCGCUCUACCCACGCCAUUCUGCGGGCGAGGCGCUCCUGAGUCGACCAGGCUCGGCAGCGAUCGUACCAGUGGACCCCGCUUGGAAGGUUGGCGACGCCCAGUGCGAGGCGACGGAGGGCGCCGGCGUGGACGGAGACCUCGCUACCACUCGCGGUCAGCUGGAGCAGCGCGCAACGGGGCAGUGGAGGCAGUGCGAGUGGUGGCGCAGGCGCGCCGCGUCCAUGCUGACGCCGCCGGUGAUCACGGUCGAUGACCUCCUCAGCUUCCGCAGCAGCUGCACCGUGGUGGACGCCCGGCCGUACGAGGAGUUCCUGGCGGGCCACUUCCAGGCCAGCCACCACGUGCGCGAGCCGGAGGACGGCGACCUGACCUCCAUCCUGCCCGCGGACGUGCUCGCCGCGGGCAGCGCCCCCGCGGGCAGGCCCGAGGCGGCGGUGCUGGCGCCGCCCGCGGCGCCGGCGGACGCCGAGGACGGCGCGGACGCCGCGCCGCCCUGGCUCUUCCGCUUCGACCGUGGGGCGCAGGGGGCCCCGGAGCUGCGGCUGCGCUUCGUGGUGGUGGUGGGCGGCCGCGACGACUUCGGGUCCGGCUUCGCCGAGCGGCUUCUGUGCGCCGGGGUGCGGCACGUGGUGUGCCUCCUCGGCGGCGCGGCCUCGCUGCGGGCCGACGCGCCGCGGUACCUCGUGUCUGGCCCAGAGUGA